CAAUGGCUGUUGCUCAUUUCGUUAUGCCCCGCCUACUGGCUCUGGACAGCCCCCACGCGCCUGUUCCAGAUUCAUGAAAACUCAGUAAAACUAAUAUACUUUUUAUAUUACUGUUUUUAUUACGAUUUUUUCGUCUUUCAUAUAAAAAGAAAUAACCCUGGUGGUCACUGCGGCUAAAGCGAUAACAAUGUAUCAACUUUAUACUGCUUUUCCAAACACGUCACGUUGUGAAAGAAGGAGACCCGCGUUCAGAAAGUAGAUUCUGAAAAGUUUCAUUGUCCACAAAAAUACAAAAUAAUAUGCCUUUAGUUCCGGAAUUAAGAUGCUCUACAAUCCCGCUUUACAACGGUUUGCAGAUCCCAAUUCUUGGAUUAGGGACAUCCCAUGAUGGUGGAUAUUCCCAUGAUGCCCUUAUUUAUGCACUUACUGAAUGUGGCGUGCGCCAUAUUGACACCGCAAAGCGCUACGGCUGUGAGGGGGAUCUGGGCAAAGCCAUUAAAGAAAGUGGACUGGAUCGAAGUGAACUCUGGCUUACAAAUAAACUCUGGCCUGGAGACUAUGGAUACAGAGCUGCCAGAAAGGCUUGUCUGGACUCAUGCUCACAGAUGGGAGUUGAAUAUUUUGAUCUGUAUCUGAUGCACUGGCCAGAGUCACUAAAUCAUGGAGGCUCCAACAGAGAAGUGAGAGCUGAGACCUGGAGAGCUUUGGAGGAACUUUACAAAGAAGGUGUUUGUCGUAGUAUUGGGGUGAGCAACUUUCUGAUCAACCACCUUGAGCAGUUAAAAGAAGACUGUAGUGUGAUACCACAUGUUAACCAGGUGGAGUAUCAUCCAUACCAGCAGCCCACAGCCCUGAUGGAGUACUGUGCUGAGAAAGGGAUUGUGUUUGAGGGUUAUAGUCCUCUGGCCAAGGGUCAGAUUCUCAGCGAUCCCACUGUUUGUCAAAUCGCACACAAGAACAGACGAACGCCAGCUCAGAUCUGCAUCCGCUGGAGCAUUCAGAAUGGAGUCGUCACGAUACCAAAGUCUACCAAAAAGGACAGGAUACAAGAAAAUUGUCAAGUAUUUGACUUUCAGCUGGAAGACGCAGACAUGGCUGCUUUAGGGAGCCUGCAUGAUGGGAGACGCGUCUCUUGGGAUCCAACUAAUGUGAAAUAAGAAAAAUAGAGACCGUUCUGGAACCUUCUUUCAGUGUGGAAAGAUAACUGAUCUAAUAAGAUGUGUCUGUACAGUUUUUGAAAGAAGGAAUGAAGUUUUUAAAACUUUAACAACACAUUGUGAUUAUUCUUGUUUGUGUCUGUUCUACUAAGCAGGCUGUGGUGUAGUGGUUAGCACUUUUACUUCACAUCUAGAAGGCCCUGGUUCAAAUCCCAGCUGGGUUCUUUCUGUAAGGACUUUGCAUUAUUUCCAGGUGCAUGUUUUCCAAAAAUGUGCCAGUUGUGAAUGGAGAGGUGAACUCUGCCUUCACCCAUCAGUAGUAGGGAUAGGCUCCAGUCGCCCCAUGACCCCAAAAGGGGUUUAGUGGGAUUUGAAGAUGGAUUUUCCACAAACACUUGUGUUGCCACUUUAGGUUUUGGUUUUACUUUUUUUUUUUUUUUUGCAUAAUAAAAAACUGCCUUUAA